GCCACGCCCAGGUCCUGCGCAGGCGUGUUUCGCGGCGCCUUCCCGGAAGAGCUCGGCGGUGGGCGCGGGGUGGCCGCGACCCGUGGGUCGUGGGGCCGGCGGGCCGAGGUGGAGGACACUAUUCAGGGGAGAGCCAGAAAGCUUAUAGCCCAGCUUUGAUUAAAGAUGACUUCCUUGUUCACUCAAGAAAUCCACCUUUCUAAAAGGCAUGAAGAAAUAGUAUCACGAAGAUUAAUGUUACUUCAGAAAAUGAGGAAUAAUUUUGGUGAUCAAAACACAGGCAGGGCAUGUCUCCUCCAAGCCACUGAGACUGCUCUAAAGAGGAACCUCAGUCUCUUGCAGGACACAGAAGCUGCAGAGAGGUCUUUACAGGCCAGUCUUAAGCCACACCCACAGCCUGCAGUGCGGUCUCUUGAGACUCGUUACUGGGCAUCAGUAGAAGAACAUGUCCCCAAAUGGGAACAGUUCCUUUUGGGAAGAGCCCCAUACCCGAUUGGUGGUGAAAAUCAAAAUGAGGCAGGAAACACCAUUCAAAAUGAGUCACAGUGA